ACACACGUUCGUGCACGUUCGCAACGUUUAUUUUAUUCUGCGCCAUGAUGUUCGCCUGGCGGUCGUCGCUCUACGUGAGGUCGUCGCGAAGGGAAAACUGCCGUUCAAUGGGCGCGGGCGAAGUUCAAAAUCCGUCCGAGCGAUCGGUCGGGGCCGCGAACGGGGAGGUCGCACACGAUUUACUCGAAAAACAUAUGUGCGGAACAGCGGAACGGAGUGCAUUCCAAAAUCUUCCGCUGUGCCACGCUUUGCUCGAUUCUCCGAGAAACGUUGUCGGUGAACGUUGGCCACGCUUGUAUCGGUGAAAUCGUACAAGGAGAGAAGGCGCGCGGAGAAGGAGAGGGGAGAGAGAAGAGAAAGAGAGAGAGAGAGAGACAAAAUGCACACACACGACGUCGCGGUGAAUAGAAGAGGAAAACGGAGUCUCCUCCUCCCGCCCCUGCCUCGCCUCUACGCUUUAUGAUGCACGUUUGCUUGUCGUUCCGAUAUCCCCACCAACGCGGCGCCGUCGCCGCGACUGCAACGUCACCGGUUCCCCGUUCCUCCCCUCUCUUUGCCGACGAAGCGUGUGCGCGCGCGCUCACCGAGCUUGUUCGGCAAAUACCAUCAAACUUCAGUGAACGCGAGAACUUCCGUUCGGUUGGUGUGUGGUUCGUGAGAGAGCGCGUAAAAAGCGCGCCAUAUACACAGAACGGAACCAGUGUUCGUGGCUCGGUGACACGAUCGCGGUCGCCGUUAUCACUGGAUAGAUCGUCUCCGGUCGCCAAGAUGCCGCUCAGCAUCGGCGUUAACCUGCGAGUGACCGGCCACUGUAAUCAGGGCGGCCGCAAAUACAUGGAGGACAUGUUUUGCGUGGCCUUUCAGCCGACGUCGGAUGACAAGGAUCUGGAAUACGCGUUCUUUGGCAUAUUCGACGGACACGGGGGCGGCGAGGCCGCGUUAUUCGCCAAGGAACACCUUAUGGACAGCAUCGUGAAGCAAAAGAACUUCUGGAGUGAUCGCGACGAAGACGUGCUGCGGGCAAUCAGGGACGGAUAUGUGAACACGCACUACGCGAUGUGGCGGGAGCUCGAUAAAUGGCCAAGAACUGCAUCUGGAUUACCGUCCACAGCUGGCACGACUGCCAGUAUUGUGUUCAUACGAAAGGGCAAGAUUUACAUAGGACACGUAGGUGAUUCUGCCAUUAUAUUGGGCUACCAAAUAGAGGGCGAUCCCCAAUGGAAAGCGAAACCCCUGACGAAAGAUCACAAGCCGGAGAGUGGACCGGAAAUGGCACGCAUUCAAGAAUCAGGUGGAAAAGUAGUUAGUAAAUCCGGUGUACCACGAGUUGUGUGGAAUCGACCUCGUAUAGGACACAAAGGCCCAGUUCGUAGAUCCACUCAUAUGGAUGAAAUUCCAUUUCUAGCGGUAGCCAGAUCAUUAGGUGAUUUAUGGAGUUACAAUUCCGAAUUAAAUACCUUUGUCGUCUCACCGGAACCAGAUGUGAAAGCAAUCCCAAUUGAUGUUAAAUCACAUCGUUGUCUUAUUCUUGGUACUGACGGCUUAUGGAACAUGAUGUCGCCACAAGCUGCAGUGGCCAUUGUUCAGGCUACAGACAGACACAACGAGAAACAUUUAAUAGCUUCUCAACAGACUGGCAAUGGACAGGUUGACUUACAAAUGUGGAUAAAUCCAUCAAAGAGUCUAGUAGAUCGUGCAUUAGAAAGGUGGUCGUCAACUAGAUUAAGAGCAGAUAAUACCAGUGUAGUAACGUUAAUGUUGGAUCCCUCGGGACCAUCUCGUACUGAGGUGUUACUUAAUCAGAAGAAAGAUCGUGUCAUACAUCACGGGACACACACACCGACCACAACAUCGAGUACAGUAUCCGAGAACGUUAAUUCAACUCUAUCCGAAGAAGUUAAUUCAAGAGUUUCAACGCCAUACGCGCCGAUACCUUUGUUAUCACCAUCGACGUCACCAUCGACGUUACUACCACCACCGCCGCCGCCGCCGCCGCCACCGCUGCCGCCACAGAUAUCACCGUUGCUCACAUCGAGCCUUUCCUCGAAUCUUGACGUUGAACCGAAACAACCGGACUCGUCGAAUCACGAAGAUAUUGUCGAUCAAGUAGCGCAGUUGGAAACAAGUUUGUGUUCCGAAAAUUUGAAUCUGUCAGAAGAGGAGAAUAUUUCUUCGGAACCACGAGACAUCGCGACGGACAACAGCACGGAAAGUGCUGAGACUAACGACGUCGGCAAGAGUAUUCAAGUCGACGAAAUUUCUUCCAGCCAAAUGCCAGAAGAAACGGGGGAUAUAGAGAAUAAGAAAGUAGAUGAAAUCGUUCUUGAUAAAUUGAAAGAUCUUGCGAGCGAAAAGAAGCAAGUGACUGAACAGAAUAAGGACGAAAGAGCGGAAAGUGAUAAUGCACAGAAUGUAAUUUCGGAACUGACCCCAGAAUUAGACAAGUUGACUUCGGAAUUAGAAAAGACCAUACCGGACUUAGAAAAAUUUACUGAGCCUGAAAUAGCGGAUAAAACAAAAUCAGCGGAUAAGACAAAAGCGUCAAACGUGGCGCAGGAAAAUGCAUUUUCCGAUACGAGCGAGGAAACCUCGCAACCGGUUCCUAUUGUAAACAGAUUACGUCGAAGUCACGUUAUUUCCAUCAAACGUAACAGUUUCGAUCUGAACGAGUCGAGACACAAGCGACCUUUAUUUCCCGCUCCGGAGAGAGGAGAUCUCAGAAGCAUGGAGCGACGACACAGUCUGAACACGUCGAACGAAACUCAAAAUGGCUAUUCUGAUGUGGCGUCGUGUUCAAAUUCAAAGACUUAUGUGAACGUGAAAUCACGUUACAAAAAAUUGAAAUCCAUCGCGAAAAGCGCGACGAGCGAGGAGUUGACAAACGCGUCAUCGAACCCUAACUGCAGCGUAAGCAACAAACGCAGACAUAGCGCGAUGACGCAAGCGUUUAGCGAAGCCGGGAACGACUGUGCGCAACAACAGGAACCGUGUGCGAAGAGGAGAACACGUUCCGAGGAUCGGCGAAGGAGUCCCACAGACGAGAACGAUCCGGCUAAUCAGGUAACGGAGAACACCAACGGCCGAUUAAGCUGGUCAACGUCGGACGGGCGACCAGAUUCGACACUGAGCACCGCUACAACGACGACGUUAUCCGGACAGGAUAAAUUGUCCUCGUCAACGAACACGUUCCAACGUAGGAAUUUAGGCAAAAAAGUCACACCUGUGAAAGCCAUCAGAAGAUCAUCUAUGAACGGUUCAAAUCGACUACAACAGUUAAGAGGCAGUUUUAGCAAAAGGGAUUGGGACCAAGGAAGAAAUAAUCGGAUGAACAAUUGCAAUGAUAGAAGAACGUUAAACAGGACGCGAGAUAUAGUUGCGAUCAUCGGUCCUACGGAUACGACGCUACCGCAACGGUGGUUAAGAUCGGAUACAAUGGCGGCGACUCCCGUAAAAACGUUACGUUCGCGUAAUGUAGAUAUUGCCGGGCAUACGAUAUCCGCGCAGUUAGUUCACCAUUACGGAGUAGUAAAACAAAAUCGAUUGCCUCUGCCGAACAAGCUGAAACAGUCCGCAAACAGUGGAUCGUUACAAUCGAGUAGAGUCAGGUCUUCCUCAUUGUCAUCCAAUAAACUUAAACAAACAAACAGUAACGGUGGAAGCGUGAGUACUUGCGCGGCCAUUAAUCCCGCAGCGACAAGCUCAGCGUCCGGCAUAGCUAAGAGAGUGAAGUCACCGUACAAUCCCAGCGCUCGAUCGCUGAGCACACGAUCUCGCAUCAAACGACUUGGAAAGUAAGAGGAAAUAGUUAGCGGGCGUAGUUUUGCAAUUUCGCAGGGAUUUCGGUAGGGUAUGACAUUCUUACCCUUGUGUUUUUUUCUUUAUUAUCUGUGAAUUAUUCAGUGACAUGAAAAACCAAUCGUUGCAAGUGCGCUUUUGAGACUUCCUCACUUUCAUGUUCGAAACUGCGUGCAUGUUUUUUUUUUUUUUUUUAGUUUGUAAUGUAUAUGAGACUUUAAUACAUCGUAAAAAAAAAAUAAUAUAUGUUUUCAAAUAUAAAGGAAGAAUAUGUAAAAUAAUUCAGCAUUAUUUAAAUAUAUAUAUAUUUGAAAAUUUGUUCUUUUAUAUUUGACGUUAUGAUUACUAUUAAUUCCAAAUGUCUGCUUAUAUUUUGUUAUUAAGAAUCAAUGAUUUAACAUAUUAGUUGAUAUGUGUCUCGUUCUAGGAAACAAAGGUUUUUGCUUUUUUUUUUGCACAAUAAAAUAAAUUGUUACGCUUCUCUCCCUUAUUCUAUUUAUUGGACGUUAAUUCCUCACAAAAAAGAUCGCAAUAAUAUGUUAAUAUAUUAUGUAGAAUAUAUUGAAAAAUUGAAUUAAUUUACAAUUAAAGAAAAAGUUACUUAAUUUGUGAAAUGCCAUGAAACUUUUUUAAUGCUAGCUUAAAACGCGCGCGCACUUCAGAAAGCACCAUUUAACGAUGACAUUGUAAAUUAUUAUACGAGAAAUUUAUAUUUUAUUGUUUGUUGUUCAAUAAUAGAUUACUGGAAAAAAUAAAAGAGUACGGAAAUAUAACUGAGUUUUUACGAUUUCUAAUAUUUAAAUAACUAAGAGAAAAAAAUGUCAUAAAAUUACAAAAAUUGAGUAUAUUACACAUGUGCACAAAAUUAAACAACAAGUAUAGAUGCAAAGAAUAACAAAAAAAAAAGAUCGUACAUACAUUUUAUGAAACGUAUGUGUGCAUAUUUUCAACGAUAUAAGUUUUGUUCGUAAUCUUUAUUAUUGAAUGAAGCAAUCAAACCAGUGCACAUACAUCAGCGUUAAACACACGUACAGAUCUCUAAGUCUGUAUAUAUGUGUUUGUGUGUGUGCGUGUGUGUAUGUAUGUUUGUAAACAUAAUUGUCUCAUUCAUAUAUUCCUCUCUACAAUCGCAGUCUUCGACAACAGUUCUGAAAGAAUUCUCAAGCAUUUAAGUCUCGAAAAAGCACUGUAUUUAGAAUGCAAUUAUAAUUAUUAAACUUCUCUUCUAGUAUAUACAGUAUGAAAUCACGUUAACUUAUCUUGACUAAAAUUACAGAAUAAUUAUUGAAGAACAUAUAUGUGCAUAGAAAAAAAGUGUAUACAAAUAAGAAUUGAUUACAGAAUUUCACAAAUAUUACAAAUAUUACAGUAGCAAAGAAGAACUGACGUUUUAAUUAUUCGUAAAUUUUGAUUCACACGAAUGCAAAGCAAUAUAAAUAAGUGUAGUAGGCUAAAAAAAAAAAAAACAAAACCAAA